GGGAGUGCCUCUGACCGCCAUCAAACCUCAAAGACAACAUCAGUCUGUGGUGGAAGAAAAGGACAAAUAAAGGUGUCUGAGGAAGAGCAGUUUGUUCCUGUUAACGAACAAGGGAACCGACUGAAACUGAUCACACAGGAGACCAGAUAAGUCUUUACUCACUAACCUGAGGCCAUACAUUGGAUGUCAGUCAGCACAGCAAACAAAUACAGUCAUGUCGAGGAUUUCAAUGAAAGAGUGGAAAACAGUUCUGACCUCCAUCCUCAAGAAGUUGGAUCAGGAACAGUACAGAAAGUUACAGAAAAUAUUGAACAAACUCCCCCCAGCAAAACUAACAGCCAAGUACAAAGAGAAUAUGCCCCAAACGAUCAUUGAGUACUACGCAGUAGAAGAGUCCAUCUCUGCAAUCAAAGAUGCAAUGGAUCAAAUCCCAAGAAAUGACCCUGCAGUCCAGGACCUGCUGCGCCCCUUUGUGAACAAACUGAAGAAGAAACAAGAAAAGAAUAAAGAGAAGAAGAGGAAACAUGAAAGUGAUUCAGAGUCAGAGGACAAGAAGCCAAAGCCUGCAGCUGCUCAACAGAGCAGCAGCAAACCUGAGAGAAAAACCAUCGCUGAUCUAAAGACCAUUUGUAUUCCUGCCCAAACCAUAACUGGAAAAGUUGUGCAGAAAUCUGGUCUCCGCACAUAUCAAGAGGAGGAUGAGUUCUUCUUUUAUCUGGUAGUUGCUGAUGAGACAGGCAGCAUCCGAGUGACGGUGUAUGGAAAAGAGCACUAUGAAAAAAUUAUGGAAAAGAACUGCUACAUGUUCAGAAAUGUGAUCCUGGAAAUGAAUGAUCACUUUAAAGAGAAGGUUUUAAAAGUAACCCAACAAAGCACAGUGUUCAGAACAAGCCCCAUCAAUGUUCCAUGGAAGGUGGAGCUGGAAGCUCAGAUGAUCAUUUCUGGUCAGAAUCUAGUUUCCAUCAAACAGGCCAAAAUGUCUGAAGACAAGACAAUAGUGAGCGUUGAAGGAAGAAUAACAGAGAUUGAUCCUGUUGAACAUGUCGAGACCAGUCUCAGUAUGACAGACAAGCAAGAGUUCAAACUUAAAAACGACACAGAUGAAAUCAGGAUCACUCUGUGGGGUGAAGAAGUCAAGCAGCUCAUUGGAAAAUCAAGGGGAGACUACGUCAGGGUGACUAACGUUAGGCCCAAACACCUCCAACAUGAAGUGUUGCUCUCUUCAAGUUAUUUCACCAAGAUCUCCAAGGUCCAACGUGCUGCUGUCAAGAAGAACUGAGAUUACUGGAAUCACAACCACCAGAAAGAUGGAGACUCACCUGGAGGUGGUGUUUAAUGACGAGGUGCAGACGUUUGUUGUCUUCUAAACUCCUGGCAGAGGCGUUUGGUGUCAGACUGGAAAUACAAGGAAAUAAGAUUAAUAAAAUUAAAGCUGCUUAGAAGAUGUAAAAAUCUAACAACAGUGUAUCAGCUGAUAUGUAGGAAGAUUUUUCUCUCACAUGUUGGCUAGAUCCUUUACAUUCAUCAAUUAAAGAUCAGUGACCAAGAUCUGGAGUGUCUGAGACAUUUAACCUAAACUAAAUUUAUUGAUCCAAUCCCCUAUAAUGACGUUUUCAGUAUUAAGAAAUAAAACAACAAGCAGCAAAAAAGGCAGGUGAUUUCUGUGAUUUUAAUUCUGUCUGUAGCUCAUUCUGUAUAUCCCCAGUAAAACAGUAAAACUGUAACUGCAGCUCAGAUUACUUAUUGUUUGUCAGUGAACGUCUGUGAUAGUAAUCCUGUUCUGUGAUCCAGUCCUCAGCUUGUGGGAGGAAUUAGAUUUUCUGUAGACUUAGAAUGGGACCAUGGUUUAAUGUUUCUCUGUAGCUGUAGAUGUUUGAAUUAUUCUGUUUAAUCAGCUUUUAUUGAACAUUUUGAUGAUUAAUUCUCCUCAUAUAUCCAUGGAGGAUUUUCUUUAGAUUCAUCAUAAGGUCAUAAUCAGAAUAUUGUGCAGUUAAUGGUUUGGGUGUUUGACACUUUUUCAGAUUUGUUGUAUUUUCAAUCUGUUUUGUUUUUAAUUGUUUUAAUCUGUUUACUGUCUCUGAAGAAUCUGAACCUGAUUUGAUUUACUUGUGUCUGUUUGUUCAUCUACAAUAAAGACUUCAGUCUAA